UUGGAAACUUUUUCCACAUUUUGAAAAUUUUGUCCGAGAAAUUGUUGGAUUUUUGUCAGAUUUCAAAUUUUCCCGGGGCGUACGAUAAUUUUCUGCCGCGUACGAUAAUUUUACGCCCCUGUGUCGAUCAAACGAACUAAAAUCUCUGGGAUCACUGGUAGGAAACUCAGUUUAUGGCAAAUUGCCUAUAGCAAUUGUUCUGCUGUUUCUACCUCCGUCGCAUUUGUGUUCAGAUUGCUGCAUAAAUCACGAAUUUAAUUUUGAAAAUGCUUGUUAAAAAUUAGUUCGAUUGAAUUAUUGCAUAAUUGUUGCAAGUGUUUUAUAAUUAUUGUAGUGUUCAGAUAUUUGUAUAUAUAUAAAUAUUUAUAUAUUUGUUGAAUUUUGUUUUGAUACAAAAUGGCGGAAUACGAGAGAGUAAGGACUGGAAAACUUGUUUUGAAGGGAGAAAAAAUAAAAUCAAGGAAACGAAAAUCUAAGAAACAAGAAACCAAAGAGAGCGUCACUAUUGAUAAUGAAGAUAUCAAGCUUCAUGGUGGUUGGUGGAAGACCAAUAGUAUCAAAGAAAUAACUGGUACAGUAGCCAUUGAGUUUGGAAAACAAACCUACAUAAAAGCUCUUGAUAAUGGGCUUUUUACGCUUGGUGCUCCUCACGCUGAUGGCGAAGGCCCUAGUCCUGAAGAAAUCUUAACAGCACUUCGUAUAAGCGACAAUUUAAUAGCGUUAAAGUCCGGUUAUGGUAAAUAUCUUGGCGUUGACAAAAAUGGUGUUGUUGUAGGACGUAGUGAUGCAGUAGGUGCAAUUGAACAAUGGGAACCAAUUUUUGAAGGUGACAAACUUGCUAUAUUAAGUAAUACGAUGGGAAAUUUCAUUUCUGUAACUGACGAAGACGAUGUUAUUUGCCAAAGUAAAGUAGCGGGUUUAUCAGAAUUUGUUACUAUAAGAAGUAUUAUAGAACGUGACAAUAAACCUAAUAAAGAUAUUCCAAAAGAAGAAGUUGGUUCCUUAGCUGAUGUAGAAGUGAACUAUGUACGUAAAUUUCAAAAAUUUCAAGAUAAAAAACUAAGGAUAAAUAAAGAAGAUCGAUCUGCCUUAGAAAAAGCUAAAAUGGAAGGAAAUUUACAUGAAACCUUACUAGAUCGAAGAAGUAAAAUGAAAGCUGAUCGUUACUGCAAAUAGAUUAUUUGUAUUAAAAUGGUAAUAUAUUAUUGGAUUGCCUAGAUACAAAUUCUGUUCUGUACAUAUACAUAUUUAUAUGUAUACAUUAAAAUUGUAAUAUAUAUUUGAUUAGGCAAUUCAGUAAUUAUAUCAUUAAGUUAUCCAUAAAUUAGAGUCAAUUUUGAAAUAAAUGAGCCAUUUAUUUUAAAAAUGAUCUUAAUCCAUUUGCCAGUUUCUUAUUAACCAUAGUAACAUAUACCACCUAAAGUUAGCUAUC